AGCACUUGGAUUGGCUGAAGAAGCAAGGUAGCCCGCAGAGACGGCUCCUUCCUUCCCCACGGUUCAGUCCCGUCAGUGGAGCGCGAGGCGCGGCGAACGCACACACAGCUCACACACACUCGCCUACACGCGUGAAAAGGUGCAGAGAGACUGAGAGGGACUCACCGGAGGACUUUGAUUUUUGGUGUGUGGGACUAACCGGAGCAUGAAUUUUCCAUCAAGACAUCGAUCAACACCUCAAGACAAACCAAGUGAAGCUUGGAGGGGGAAAGCAAACGGACGCAGAUUUUAAUGCAACAUCCAUUCAGACGGAAGGCGAUGCACUCGCCUCUUGUUUCAUAAACUCACAAUUUGUUUGACUGCAAAACACAGCGUUGGAUAUAUUUGCUGUAAAGCCAGAUUAAUCCUGCUCUCUUUUUUUUUUUUUACUUACGGGGUAACAUUUUACCUGCUGCGGACAACAACGAGGGACGAAUAGUGCGUGUUUGAGCGCAUUUUUCUCAGAGACUCGGACUUGCCUCAGAGCGGAGUUUGACUCCUCAUCAUGGGGUACGGUGCACAAACUGAUGGAGACAGAGGAAGAGUGCGGAGAUCUUCUCCUGAGAUGCUGACCGUCUCCUGGGUUUUGAUUUGUCUCCUGGUGCACACCGGAGUGGCUCAAGUGGACGAUGAUUUCAUCGGUCUCGGUGAUCUGCCGGAAACCUUCCCCUCGGAUCCCCCAGAGCCGCUGCCUGUGUUCCUGAUGGAGCCAGAGGAGGCCUACAUCGUGAAGAACAAACCUGUCAACCUGUACUGCAAGGCCACUCCGGCCACCCAGAUUUACUUCAAGUGUAACAGCGAGUGGGUUCAUCAGAAGGAGCACACUGUGGAGGAGCGGGUGGACGAGAACUCUGGUCUGGUAGUGCGAGAGGCCAGCAUCGAGAUUACUCGGCAGCAGGUGGAGGAGCUGUUCGGCCCUGAGGACUUCUGGUGUCAGUGUGUGGCCUGGAGCUCUGCGGGGACCACCAAGAGCCGCAAAGCUCACGUCCGCAUCGCUUACCUAAGAAAGACAUUUGACCAGGAACCUCUUGGAAAGGAAGUGUCCCUGGAACAGGAAGUGUUGCUGCAAUGUCGCCCACCUGAAGGCAUCCCAGCAGCUGAGGUGGAGUGGUUAAAGAACGAGGAGGUCAUUGAUCCUGCAGACGACAGAAACUUCUACAUCACCAUCGACAACAACCUGAUCAUCAAACAGGCCCGCCUCUCUGACACCGCCAACUAUACCUGUGUGGCCAAGAACAUCGUGGCUAAGAGACGCAGCACCACCGCAACAAUCAUUGUCUAUGUGAAUGGUGGCUGGUCAACUUGGACAGAGUGGUCCGUGUGCAACAGCCGCUGCGGCCGCGGCUUCCAGAAGCGCACACGCAGCUGCACCAACCCAGCCCCGCUCAAUGGUGGCUCCAUCUGCGAAGGCCAGGGCAUCCAGAAGCUGGCGUGCAAUCCUCUCUGCCCAGUGGAUGGCCUGUGGACAGAGUGGAGUAAGUGGUCCACCUGUGGGACAGAGUGCACCCACUGGAGGAGGCGAGAAUGCGGCGCCCCAGCACCCAAAAACGGGGGGAAGGACUGUGAGGGCCCGGUGCUCCAGUCCAAGAACUGCACCGAUGGGCUGUGCAUGCAGAGUUCCAUACAUCAGAAGUUCUCUGAGGCUAGCGACAAGAAUGAUGUGGGAAAUUCAUUGGCCCCCAGCACUGACGACGUGGCUCUGUACGUAGGCAUCGUCAUAGCGGUGAUCAUGUGCCUGGUCAUCUCUGUCGCCGUGGCGCUCUUCAUCUACAGGAAGAACCAUCGCGACUUCGACUCCGACAUCAUUGACUCCUCGGCUCUCAACGGAGGUUUCCAACCAGUCAGCAUCAAGACUGCACGCAAAGCUGAUCUCCUGACAGCACCCCCUGACCUGACAUCUGCGGCCGCCAUGUACCGUGGCCCCGUCUACGCCCUCCAUGAUGUGGCGGACAAAAUCCCCAUGACCAACUCUCCCCUGCUCGACCCUCUCCCCAACCUGAAAAUUAAGGUGUACAACUCCUCAGGCUUAGUGACCCCACAGGAUGACCUGGGAGGGGAAUUUUCUUCUAAACUGUCACCCAAGUUACCACACUGCCUCCUGGACAACAGUGACAGCACCAUGGGCCGGCGCACUCAGACCCAGACGCUGCUCAGAACCCGGGAUCCAUCCUGCACUGCACUGGGCUCCUUCAGCUCCCAGGGAGGACAUCUCAUCGUUCCCAACUCAGGGGUGAGUCUGCUCAUUCCAGCGGGGGCUAUUCCUCAGGGCAGAGUGUAUGAGAUGUAUGUGACGGUUCAGAGGAAGGACAACAUGAGGCCGUCAGUGGAUGAUGGCCAAACCGUGCUGGGCCCUGUGGUGAGCUGUGGGCCUCCUGGGGCCUUGUUGACUCGGCCCGUCAUCAUCACUAUGCACCACUGUGCCGUGUGUGACGGCCAACAGGACUGGCUGAUCCAGCUCAAGAGCCACUCGCAGCAGAACCAGUGGGAGGAUGUGGUGGUGGUAGGAGAAGAAAACUUCACCACGCCGUGCUACAUCCAAAUGGAUGACGAAGCCUGCCACAUCCUGACAGAGACUCUGGGCACCUACUGCCUUGUGGGCCAGUCCCUCAGCGCUUCAACCACCAAGCGCCUCAAGCUUGCCAUCUUUGGCCCCGUUACAUGUCCCGCUAUGGAGUAUCACAUCAGAGUGUAUUGCCUGGAUGAUACACAAGAUGCACUCAAGGAAGUGCUUCAGAUGGAGAAGCAAAUGGGUGGGAAGUUGUUGGACGAACCAAAGACUCUAAACUUUAAAGACAGCACUCACAACCUGAGACUCUCCAUCCACGAUGUCCCGCACACAUUGUGGAAGAGCAAACUACUAGCCAAGUACCAGGAACUGUCCUUUCAACAAGUGUGGUGCGGUUCGCAGAGAAACCUCCACUGUUGCUUCACCCUGGAGCGAUUCUCUGCCAGCACGGUGGACCUGGCCUGUAAGAUAUGUGUGCGCCAAGUGGAAGGAGAGGGACAGAUUUUUCAACUGGACACUACACUCUCAGAGGAUUCUCAGAGCAUUGACACAUCUCUGCUGGACCCAGCCAGUAACAUCACGACGCUGGUGGGUCCAAACGCCUUCCGCAUCCCCGUAUCCAUCCGACAGAAGUUGUGCGGAAGCCUAGAUGCGCCGCAGACCAGGGGAAAUGACUGGAGGAUGUUGGCCCACAAACUUAACCUUGACAGGUAUCUCAACUACUUUGCCACCAAGUCCAGUCCGACGGGUGUGAUCCUGGACUUGUGGGAGGCUCAGCAUUUUCCUGACGGCAACCUGAGUCGCCUGGCACAGGUGCUGGAGGAGAUGGGACGCCACGACAGCCUUUUUCCUUUUGCCACUGAACACUGACAUCUGCCCACAUUCCAGGGGAGGAAGAAGACGUAAAAAAAGAGAAAAUUAAGAAUCGAAGGGACGCCUUUCUCAAAAACAAAUGCACACACACUCAUCAAAUAUAACUUGUGUGUUCUCGUGCAGAAGAAACAGCUAGGUCUUCUCAGCCCAUGACCCAGUUAAACGCUGGCAACAAAGGGUGUAAAAAACUUGGAGGGUAAACAAGAAUCUCUGCCAGUCAUUUCUCUCUGGCUGCCCCCCUCUCUCUCUCUCUCUCUCUCUCUCUCUCUCUCUCUCUCUCUCUCUCUCUCUCUCUCUCUCUCUCUGGUACAUCGUCUUGAUAUUUUUGGCUCUAGUUUCCUUGGAAACAGCUGUCCGGUUAUUGGGAUGGACUGUGCGGAUAUGUGGAUGAUGCCCUCGCCAUAAACAACAGUCUACACUUUCAGAGGUCAUGAGGAUCAAAGAAGCACUGCUCAGAUCACAGGACACAUCUCCCACUCUCAAGAACUCAUCUCCAUAGCAACACCGUGGAUGAAUAUGUGCUCUGUGACAACCUAAUAUUUAAUAAAUUGCUUAUUUAUAUGCAUUUUUUAUUUGGUAUUUUAUGGAAUACUUUGCAGUGUCCUCACAUUUCUGUUUCCUCUUUCAUUCUGUUGGACUGUGUUAUAGCGCCUCCUGGUGGACGCUCACAGUAGUGACUCCUGCUGUCAUCCUCAUUUACAUGUACAAAAGGGAAUCAAUGAUGUAAUCACUCUUACAGUUUUAGUGUUGCUGUCUUAACUACUUUAAUUAUGUUUAUUCAUGUUGUGUAUUAUUAUUGGUUAUAAAUAUGUGCGCUUGAGUUUUUUAAGUCUUAAAUAUUUUUGAUGCGUUGCAUUGGUUUGAUUGUUUUUACUUUUUUAAUAUUUUGCAUGUGUUUGCAGGUACAUUGGCUAAUUUCAUCAGUCUACUACCCUUUGAUGGAGGGUCGUUCAGACAAUUGGCCCAGACUUAAUAAAGUUAUGACUGAUGCCGAUGGUUUAAUGUUCUUCAAGAAGACGUUAUCUCCAUAGAAGUGACCAGGCAGAGAGCAGAGGUACAUACUGUAGAAAAGGGAAUCAAAGAAGUAUAUUUUUAUAGGACCAAUGCAACUGAAUACGACUGCUUUUUACCAAAUAAUUGACACACAGUGUAAAAUUAAAUUUAUUACAGAAGGUGAUCAUCUCAAUAUCAAAUGUCAUUUAAAAAGUCUCUUUUUUCUGUUCAGAAUUGAAUCCACUCAGACUUCUGUGUCCGUACAUUAAUGACAGAAGCCAUGACUCGACUCGCUGUGCAUAGAAAUUAACGAUAGUUAUGAAUGCAACAUUCCUUUGAUGCAGAAGCACUUGUGACUGUCCAGGUGUUCUUGUCUGGGUCGGUCUUUGAUUUCUUUUUUUUUUAAUGCAAGUUGUCCCAUUAUUUUUUUUCGCAAAGCCGUCUAUGCAAACCCUGCAUCUUUCUGAAACAAUCUCUACAUUCUCGGCAGGCUAGCCUUUGCUUUCCCUUGUCGUUCUUCGGCUUCAUGAUUAUUAUUAUUAUUACUGUGUAUAGUGAGAAUGUAGCCUGUCUGUUUUCUGGCACUCAUGAUGUGUCCUGGCAAACUGCUUGCAUUUCAUCUGUCAAGUUCUUGUACAAAGUGUAAGAAAGAAUUUUUAAGACUAAUAAUAAAUUAUAUUUAUAUGCAACAUUGAA